AUUAUUUUCAUUUCGUUCAAACAUCUUCUUUCAUUCAUCUUCGCUUCCUUUCUUUUUUUUUUUCUUCUAUAUAUCAGAAGAUUUCUCUUCUCUCUCUCUUCACGAACUGUUCUUCUUCUUCUUCAUUCUUUUUUCUUAAGCCUGUGUGUUUAUUCCCCUGAGGCGAAUAGAUUUGGUUUUUGAAGAUGUCACAUUAUAGAAGACACUCGCUAGAACCUUCCAUUGACUCCAUUACCAGUAAAUUCCGCGAUUCUUUGAAUUUCCAGCGAGACGAUGACGUCAUCAACAAACCCGAUUUCCGAGAACUCGAUUUUGGUUCUCCGAUUUCCCCCUUGAGGCCACGUGGCUCAUCCUCCGCCGCCGCGACUCCGGCCGCUAGUGGCAGCAGCUCCAGCUCCUCCGGUUCUGCUUCCGGCAAACCUGCCGUCACUUCCCAGCUAGCUAGACAGAGUCACUCCGGCGAGCUCUCCGGCUUGAGCGAGACCAGUACAGUCAUGCCCGGAUCCGGAACCAAGAACCGCAUCUCGAAACCGGGUCACAGAAGAUCCGCUUCCGCUGGAACGCCGUUGAUUUACUCCGGUUCAGGCUUCUCCCCGGUGAAUAAUCACAAUUCUCGCGGCGGUGGAAGCGGCGCUACGUCGCCGAAUCCCGGCGUUUUACCCAGCGGAAACAUAUGUCCGUCGGGAAGGAUACUGAAAACCGGAAUGGCUACACGAGCCUCCGUUAGACCCGAGACUCUAUUCACAAGCACGGGUAAUUACGGCCACGGAAACAUCAUACGCAGCGGCGGCGGAAUCAACGGCAAGGCGAAUCAAACGACAAGAGCGGUGGCGGAAACCGGCGACCCAGAGGAGGUGAAGAAGGCAGGCAACGAAAUGUACAGGAGAGGGAAUUUCGCAGAGGCAUUGGCGCUUUACGACAGAGCAAUCUCAUUGUCGCCGGAGAAUCCAUCCUACAGAAGCAAUCGCGCGGCGGCGUUGGCUGCUUCAGGGAGGUUAGAGGAGGCCGUUAAAGAAUGCCUUGAAGCUGUGAGAAUCGAUCCUUGUUACGCUAGAGCUCACCAGAGACUUGCUUCUCUCUAUCUCAGAAUGGGAGAAGCUGAGAAUGCAAGACGCCAUCUUUGUAAUUCCGGGCAAUGUCCCGAUCAAGCCGAUUUGCAGCGGCUGCAAACGCUUGAGAAGCAUCUCAGGCUGUGUACUGAGUCUCGAAAGAUCGGUGACUGGACAACCGUAAUCACCGAAAUCGAUGCAGCCAUUGCAAAUGGAGCUGAUUCUUCUCCUCAGCUUGUAGCUUGUAAAGCAGAGGCCUUUUUGCGGCUGCAUCAGAUAAAGGAUUCGGAUUUGUGCUUAUCCAGCAUUCAGGGAUUAGUUCAUCAUCAUCAUACUCAACCAACAGCGAAACUCUUUGGUGUGACAUGUGAUGCUUAUGUGCUGUGUGUUCAGGCUCAGGUUGAUAUGGCUUUAGGAAGAUUUGAGAAUGCGGUUGUAAAGGCAGAGAGAGCUACGACGAUUGAUCAUAGCAACAACCCUGAGCUAGUAUCGGUCUUAAACAAUGUAAAGAAUGUGGCCAAAGCUCGUACCUUUGGAAACGAGCUUUUCAGUUCCGGGAGAUACUCGGAAGCGAGUGUGGCUUAUGGAGACGGACUCAAGCUCGAUGCUUUCAACGCGGUUCUGUACUGCAAUAGAGCAGCGUGUUGGUUUAAACUCGGUAUGUGGGAGCAAUCUGUUGAUGAUUGUAAUCAAGCGCUAAGAAUCCAGCCUGAUUACACCAAGGCUCUUCUACGAAGAGCUGCUUCGUAUGGCAAGCUUGGUCGAUGGGAUGAUGCGGUUAGAGAUUAUGAGGUAUUGAGAAAGGAACUUCCAGGAGACAGCGAUGUUGCUGAGUCUUUACAGAGAGCAAAAGCCGCUCUAUCGAAUAAACCUCAAGAACCCAAAUACGAAGUUGAAGAGGUUUCGACUUUAGAUAAGUUCAAGACCGCGACAUCACUUCCCGGAAUCUCUGUGUUUUACUUCAAAUCAUCAUCAAACCGACAAAGCGAAGUGAUAUCUCCAUUCGUCAACACCUUAUGCUUGCGGUAUCCGUUAGUGGAUGUGGAGGAGAGCUUGGCAUUGGCGAAAGCAGAGAGCAUAAAGAAAGUUCCAACCUUUAAGAUAUACAAAGAGGGAGAGAAAUUGAAGGAAAUGGUUUGCCCUAGUCACAAGUUACUAGAGGACUCGGUUACACAUUUCCUAUUAUAACACAUCUUUCUUCUCAAUUCUUUUCCAAAAUCUUUAGCUCUUUGAGAACGUAAAUUGAUUCAAAGAGCCAUUUUUUUUUAUAUAAAAUUGAAAUUUUCAUUCUUUUUUCUUUGUUUUUACUGUAUUAUUUAUCCAAUGGAAAUUUGCGCUGAAUGUAUUAAUCUGAGGAAAAUGCUUCUCCCAAAAAUCUUAGUUCCUUUCAUUUGAGGUA